AUGGACGUUUUGUCCGCUCCCUCAAUAGCAUAUAUGCCAAGUGGCUGGGCCAGUCAUGAUACUCGGGACCGGCAUGCUCUCUUGUGCACAGUCUGGCCCCAGUAUCUGACACUGGAAGAGGCCAGCGAUAUCAUCGAGCAGUUCAACGGCCUAGGAUGGGUCCGAGACAAUCAACUACUGUGGAGCGGUGUAGAGUACGCAGAAGUUGAGAGGACGGCCAACGAACACAACAUGCAGACCUUGCGAGUCGCCAUGGGUCCGCUGAUGGACCCAGGUCACCCGAGGUGUCUCAAAUCGAAGAAAAAGGAAAAGGCAUGGAGCAAAUACAUCAAGGGCGCGUCUCUCAUAUUCGCGUGGCGCAUAUCCCAGGGCGAAGUCGCAACGAUCAUGACGCCUCCGCCGCCUGACUGCUUCCACCCGUCAGAGAUGACGAACCUGCAAGAUAUAGAGCUCCCAGUUCUCCGCGGCGAUCUCGGAAACCGCCCAGUCUCCAAGAUCUUCCUUUGGCACCCUACAGUCGAAGGGGCACAAUCCUUCAAGUACCAAAUUUGGCCCCAAGACCACACAUCUUCAUGGUACCAAACGUUCGACCCUCGGGCAAAGGACACAAAGACCUGGAGAGUAGUGAGCAAGCACCGAGUGUCGACGAAGUGGGCGGUAAACACAACCGUGCGCCGUCUCGUCACUCUGGAGACGUUCGGAAAGCUCAAACGACUGUCCUCAAACGUCAGAAUCUCUAUCAACGUUGCCGAUAAGAUGGUCCUUCUGCUCAAACUUUUCUACCACUCGGCGGUACUCCUCCUUAUAAUUGCCCGACUUGUGCUCCAAGUCGUUGUUGCUGAGGAGGCAGCUCCAGGCGAGACCGGAGAAGUCACAAGUGCAUCUUCUUCAAAAGUCAAACCAAACGAGGAAUCUCGGAUUACGUAUGCCUCUAAGAUCAAUCAACCUCCAUCACGUCUAACCACUGUCAAUAUUUCUGCGAUGACAGUCUCAGGAAGCUCUUCCACCGACAAGGUGGCAUCUUCAGAAGUUGACCAAGGCAACAGACUUCCGGUUCACAAAGUUUCCAGUGUCGAUCAACCUCCAUCAAGUCCAACCGCCGUUGCUACUUCCGCAGUGGCAAAUCCAGGAAGUUCAUUCCCCGAUACAAUGGCAUUUUCAGGAGCCAGCCACAAUAACAAGCCUCCGGCUCUCAAAGUUUCUAAUGCCGAUCAACGACCAUUGGUUCUAGCCACCAGCAGUUCCUUCGCGAUUUCGGACCCUGGAAGCUCGUCAGCGCCGGCUGAGGGCAGUAGUUCGUCACCAACGCUGGGCAAGAGAGCAGCGAAAGCGUUGAGAAAGCUACAGAGGGCUGAGGUCGAGGCGCAGGUGCCGAUUUCCAAUGCAAAUGGUAAAAAGACGAAGAAGAAGAGCCCACAGUAUCACAACAAGAUGGGCUGGCAGCGCCAAGGUCUAACAUUUAUCGAUUAG